AUGACAGUCAUGUCCCAUUCAAAAGAUCUCAAGGACGACUUCCACAGUGACACUGUACUUUCUAUUUUAAAUGAACAGCGCAUUCGGGGUAUUUUAUGUGAUGUCACCAUAAUUGUGGAAGAUACCAAAUUUAAAGCCCAUAGUAAUGUGCUGGCAGCUUCAAGCCUUUACUUUAAAAACAUCUUUUGGAGUCGUACUAUCUGUAUUUCAGGUCAUGUACUGGAGUUAGAUGAUCUCAAAGCUGAAGUAUUUACAGAAAUACUGAAUUACAUCUACAGUUCCACAGUCGUCGUCAAGAGGCAGGAGACUGUAACGGACCUUGCAGCUGCAGGGAAAAAACUGGGGAUAUCAUUUCUAGAAGAUCUGACAGAUGUUAAUUUUUCAAGUUCCCCCUGCCCCUAUGCAUACUGUAUUAAUGAAAAAGGCACUGUCAAGGAGGAAAAACAUGAAAAGAGACAUGAAGACUCUACUGUGACAAAUGGACCAAGAAUUACAAACGCAUUCUCAAUUUUUGAAACCGAAACCAGUUUGUUUUCUCCACUUGAUUUGAGGGCAAACUUUAAAAAGGUAUCUGAGACGAUACAAGCUCCCAGCAUCAGCCUUGACAGAAACAACAUCUGCAAAGAUGCUGAGCCAGCCAGCACACUGGCCGAACACUCCUAUGCAGUCUCCUCUGGGGGAGAUACUUUUCAAGCAACACCUUUUCUUGAACAGGACAGCAGCCCUUCAUACAACACGAGUGAAGACCACUAUGAAAAUCUCCAAGCCACACCACUCAUUCAGCCAGGAAAACAAGCAUGUAGUACUCCUAAGAAAACCUUUAAGCCCCAGGGUACUGCUUUGGCUACAGCAAAGGUACCGGCCUCUACCUUAACCACUACAGAAGCCCGAGAUGAAGCGGUUACUGAGGAGUCAAUUACUUCCUUUCCAGAACCUCAAGAUAAAGCAGGAGAUCUCCAUUUAUCCAGGGAACAGGGAAACAAUUCUGCUAAUGCCUCUGGAUCUGUGGCAACUGUUGUUCCACCCGUUUACAGUUGCAACUGUUGUGCAAAAUCAUUCAAUGACAGGACACUACUCAGUACUCAUCUUCAGCUCCAUUCAGAGCAUCAGGAAACUUUCAUAUGCAAAUACUGCAGCAAACAAUUUGCAAAUCUAAGUAUACUGGAAAGUCACGAACAAGCCUGUGUGAGUUCAAGUAGCUUACCAGCUCACAAUGGAAAGGAACAAAACUUUGCAGAUAACUAUACUGCUACGGAUGGAAGGAAUGGAAGUUCAUAUGCAAACACAGAGUCUCUCUUUUCUGAAAACAGCAUCACUGAUUAUUCUAAUGCAAACUGCACUUUACCAGAAACAGAUCAUUUGGUUAAAGUAGUUGAUGGGCAGAUAUUAUAUACUUGCGUCGUUUGUAAGCGCAGUUACGUAACAUUGUCCAGCCUUCGCAGACAUGCAAAUGUGCAUUCCUGGAGAAGAACAUACCCUUGUCACUACUGCAAUAAAGUGUUUGCAUUGGCGGAGUACCGCACCAGGCAUGAGAUCUGGCACACCGGGGAACGACGGUACCAGUGCAUUUUCUGCCUGGAGACUUUUAUGACUUACUAUAUACUAAAAAAUCAUCAGAAGUCUUUCCAUGCAAUUGACCAUCGUCUCUCGGUAAAUAAAAAGGCAACCAAUGGUGGCCUGAAACCGAGUAUGUACCCAUACAAACUCUAUCGACUUUUACCUAUGAAGUGCAGACGACUACCUUAUAAGUCCUACCAAAAUUCUUCAUAUGAAAAUGUUCAGACAAGUAGCCAGGUUAAUGAAACUGCUUCUACUAACUGUUUCAUUCCGAGUUCUUUUAGCUCUGAGAUGCCACCACUGAAUUUUCAAAGUAAUAUUAUACCAAACAACAGAACUCUUGCCUUGGAUACAUCUUCAUGUAAUGGUACAUCUUCCACAAACACUCAGAAUUCUUCCUCUUGGGAAGUAGGUAUCCUAAAUUCUGACCUGCAGAGGGACUUUUUCACAGGUGAAAAAAGAGUUGCUGCUGCUGCUGCAAAUGACUCUGGUUCUGAGGAGUCCUCAGUUGUACCUUUAACCAAGGUGAAUGAAAAUUCCACCUCGGUCAUCAGUUACAGCAGUUCUGUGCCCUCUGUUAUAAUGCACAGUAGCAGAGUUUCUUCAGUAAUAAUGCACAGUAAAACAGUCACUCCAGUAGAAAACAAUAAGACAGAAUCUUCAGAUAAUCCACCUAGUCGGUCUGUAACUGAUGAUUGUAAACAUGGGUCAGAUAAUUAUGGGAAGUGCAUUACAAAAUCAAAAACUAUUAAGGAGAAAAAGAAAACACUGCUGUACAACAGAGCAGAAACUACUGAGGCUACACAGCAUGUCACAGAAUCUGGAGUUUCAUCUAGCAAAACAACAGAUACUGUCCAAGAACUGAGUAAAACUGAAACAUACAUUGCAAAGCCUGCUUUACCCGGAACAUCUACUGACAGCAAUGUUGCACCUCUUUGUCAAAUAACAGUAAAAAUUGGCAACGAGGCUAUUGUAAAAAGACACAUAUUAGGAUCUAAGCUGUUUUGUAAAAGGGGACGAAAAUCUAAACACGAGUCCAAACAGGACAAUCUAAUUGAGGAACCAGAAAUGGAGGUGAAAGAAAGAAGCCCAUCUAGGCUCUGCAGCUCAGAACCCGUGGAGCUGACAGAAGUGUGCGAUGAUGUAAGUGACCAGGACUCCAGUGAUAAACCCUGGAGACCCUAUUACAAUUACAAGCCAAAAAAGAAAUCAAAGCAGCUAAGAAAAAUUAAAAAGACCAAAUGGAGGAAAAAGCACAGAAGCAAGAACACCAUUAUGGAAAGCCAUAACACGUGCAUUCGAGAGUAUGCACUGAGGAACACUGCUGAGGAAAAGGUCAUCAGUCAGGAGAACACAGACAUGCCUGAUCUGCAUUGUGAGCUCUGUGAAGGAGAUCAGUCUUCCACUGCGGAAAUUCAGGAGCACGUACACUGGCAUGUAACUACUUCAAAGCCUUACAUGUGUGAAUUAUGCCGAAAACAAUUUCAAAGUCCAUCCACUUUAAAAAUGCACAUGAGGUGUCACACUGGGGAAAAGCCCUACACGUGCAAAACCUGUGGCAAAUGCUUCUCAGUUCCUGGAAAUCUACAGAAACAUGAACGUAUUCAUCUGGGAGUCAAAGACUUUGUUUGCCAAUACUGUAAUAAGGCAUUCACCUUAAAUAAAACACUUAAAAUGCAUGAAAGAAUUCAUACUGGAGAAAAAUGCUACCACUGUCAGUUCUGCUUUCAGAGCUUCUUGUAUCUUACUACCAAAAGGAACCACGAGCAAAGGCACGUACGUGAGCUUAAUGGAAAAGGAUACGCUUGCUUUCAGUGCCCCAAAAUUUGCAAGACAGCAGCUGCUCUGGGAAUGCACCAGAAGAAACAUCUAUUCAAAAGCCCAGGUCCACAAGACAGAAAAGAGCAGUUUUGCAAUGAAAGCACUAAACUUUUGGAAAAUCGACGUUUCCUUGGCUCAGAAGGAAGUGAAGUGAAAAAUACACAAAAUGUAACGCCAGAAGUUAUACUCUAAGUUACAGUUGUAAAAAAGAGAAGUCCAAAACUAUGUAAUAAAGAAAAUAUAUGUGCAUUGAAUGGGAAAACGUCUCUACUCAAAUCAGUCUCAUUUACUAAGACCAAAUUUCUUCAUCUAAAUGUGUCACUAUA